AUGCCAGCUUCCUCUGCACCUGUCCACUCCCUGCCGAAGAGAUCCGAGCACAGGCAGACGUCGAGAUCGCAUCCCUACCUCGAGCCGAGGCACGCCUCCUCCAUCGAGUCUUGGAAUCUGUCUGUCCCCGGCCGUUCCAUCCAGGCCCACACCCAGCGCCAGCAGUCAUCCGCCUCCGAUCCCGCUGUCCUGGCCUACCUGCAGCUGAAGAUGGCCCUGCUUCGGAGAAAGACCGGCUCUUAA